GCCUGACAACUUGUUCUGGCACAUGAUGUCUGAUGUGCAAUACCUCACCGAAGAUGAAGUAAAACAAUUCGUUGACGACUUGGACCAUAACAACGACCAUAACAUCGACUACGCGGAACUGGAACGAAAGCUAGAUGAGGUUCACGCUCAGAUCGCUCCCAAAGCACAACCACACCAUCUCCACCAUGAAUCUCGACCGGACGAAGCGCGACAUGAAUUCCUGCGGAGUGUGAUGGGAACGCGCAAGGAUAGGAUACCACGAGCCGAAUUCGAAGAAAUUGUCAAGAAAUGGGACAUUCCAUCGCUCAAGCAGGACCGAAAAGAAGCAGAGAAAGAAGAUGACUACCUCAAGAAGAUGUCAAUAUGGAGGCGCAUUCGUGCUUAUUGGGCCGUAAAAGGACCAGAGAUUAUGUUCAUGGCAUUGGUGGUUUCCAUGAUGCUAGCUUUUGGUAUCUGGCAACUAGUCAAGUAUGUCACCUAUGAACAGUAUCGACCUGCUUUCGGCUGGGGCGUCGUGGUCUCGAAAACAUCUGCUGGCGUGCUGUAUCCCACGUUCUUCUUCAUCAUUCUGUCCAUGUCGAGAUGGUUCUCGACCUGGCUUCGGCGAUUCCAGCACAUCUCACGGUUCAUCAACUGGGAUCUCUCCCAAUCAUUCCAUAUCAAGAUGUCCUGUGUGGGACUGUUCUUUGCGACUCUCCAUGCCAUCGGACACUUGACUGGGUCGUUCGUCUUUGGAAGUAAGGCCAGUCGACAACAGAAUGUGGCUGCGGUCAUUGGACAAGAUGCGGUUCCGAAGUCCUAUCACGAUUACGUUAAAUCGACGCCAGGCUGGACCGGAUUGACAGCAAUCGGGUGCUUCUACCUUCUCGCUGCCAUGAGCAUGCCUCAAAUACGGAAGUGGAGCUACGAGGUCUUCCAACUCGGCCACCUCCUCAUGUUCCCUAUCAUCGGGCUCUUGAUAGCUCACGGAACCGCAGGGCUCCUCCAAUGGCCUAUGUUUGGUUACUGGCUAGCUUUUCCUACUCUUCUGGUUUUGAUGGAGCGAACAUGGCGCAUCGUCCUAUCAUUCUGGCAUAUGCCCGCCGACCUCGAAGUACUCGACGAAGAGACAGUGGCCAUCACCGCUCAGGUCCCAAAACACCGACUUUGGGACUACAAAGCUGGCCAAUACGUCUUCGUCCAGGUCCCACAGAUAUCAUUCUUCCAAUGGCACCCAUUCACAGUCUCGACAUGCACAGGCAAUACCAUGCAAGUUCAUAUCAAAGCCGACGGCGACUGGACCAACGCGCUUCACGGCCUUGCGAAGCGAGGCGAGCGAACGACCAUCAAGAUCGGGCUCGACGGACCCUUCGGCGCGCCCGCGCAGCGCUUCUACGACUUCGAAUACAGCAUGGUAUUCGGCGCCGGAAUCGGCGUAACGCCCUUCUCUGGAAUCCUCACCGACCUCCAGCAGCACGAGCUCGAGCGUACGAUGUCAGGCGAGAACAGCGACUCGACGCAGAACGAGUCGCCGUACCAGGACCACCGACGCAUCGACUUCCACUGGAUGGUGCGUGACAAGAACAACCUUCUGUGGUUCUCCGACCUCCUGAACGAAGUAUCCCGCGCCAACGACCUGGAUAAAUCGCACCUCGACAUCCGCAUCCAGACAUACGUGACACAGAGGCGCAAGGAGAUUUCGACGCACGUAUUCCGAUGGCUAUUGGAGAAGCAUAGAACGGACGGCCAUCCGCAGUCACCGCUCACCGGGUUGAUCAACCCGACUCAUUUCGGUCGACCGGAUCUGGAGGCUAUCAUGGAGGAGCACUACCAAGAUAUGUGCAAGGAGCUUGCGCAGAGGCGUGGCUUGGAGAAGAACAACAACAAUGCGAGAAUCGACGAUGAGAUCAAAGUGGGCAUCUUCUUCUGCGGACCUCCUGUCAUCGGGCUGCAGCUUGCGGAUCGAUGUCAGGCCAUGACUGCGCGCGGACGCAACGAAGGGAGGAAAGUAGAGUAUCAUUUCAUGAUGGAAGUUUUCGGUUAG